GAAUCAAAAAUUAUAUUUAAAACCCGAUAUUAUUCAAGGGUAACUAAAACGCUGAGUAAUUUAACAAUGUCAAAGCUCAAUUAUAAACAAAAAUUAGCCCUAUAUUUGUUUUCUAUGGUGCUUUUAAACCUACCAUCAUCAUCGGUUGAUGCAACAAAGGUCUUGAACGUACAAAAUUUUGGAGCGAGCGACAUGGGCAAAACCGACACGAGCAAGGCCUUCCUAAGUGCAUGGAAGGCUGCAUGCAACACCAAGGGAUCGGCGACGAUUUUUAUACCAAAGGGGAGGUAUUUGCUUCAUCCGGUAAACUUUGAAGGUGUUGAUUGUAAGAGCAAUAAUAUUAGGUUUGAGAUGGAUGGAACAAUAGUAGCACCCUUUGAUUAUCAUUUGUUAGGUGGGGUGGAACGAUGGAUUGGGUUUGAAAGGGUUAGUGGUGUUACUAUCGCUGGUCAUGGAACUUUUGAUGCCAAGGGAGCUUCCUUAUGGGCUUGCAAGAAGGGUCAAAAUGGUGCAAAUUGUCCUGAUGGAGCAACGACAUUAACAUUUACCAACUCCAACAAUAUAGUGAUCAAAGGCAUUACUUCACUUAACAGCCAGUUGUACCAUAUUGUGAUUAAUAACUGUAAGAAUGUUCUUUUUCAAGCUGUCAAGAUUAGAGCCACCGGAAACAGUCCUAACACUGAUGGUAUUCAUGUCCAAUUUUCGUCGGACGUCACUAUUAUGAACUCUAACAUUAAAACCGGAGAUGAUUGUGUAUCCAUUGGACCCGGGACUAAGAACUUGUGGAUGGAACGGAUUGCUUGUGGACCAAGUCAUGGUAUCAGCAUUGGUAGCCUAGCAAAGGACAAGGAUGAAGAAGGGGUCCAAAAUGUGACAGUGAAAACAGCAGUAAUCAGUUACUCAACAACUGGUGUUAGAAUCAAAUCAUGGGGAAGGCCUAGCAAUGGCUUUGUUCAAGGUGUUGUCUUUCAAGAUAUUCUUAUGCACAAUGUUUGGAAUCCUAUUAUUAUUGAUCAAAAUUAUUGUCCUCACAAUAUUAAUUGUCCAAAUCAGGAAUCAGGUAUAGAAAUCGAGGAUGUGAGGUACCAAAAUAUAAGAGGAACUUCACAAAGCGAGGUAGCGAUGACAUUUGAUUGCAGUUCCACAAAUCCAUGCAAAGGAAUUCAACUCCAAAAUAUUGAUCUCAAAUACAUUGAUGGAAAAGCCCAAUCAUAUUGUAAAAAUGCUCAUGGGAAUGUUUUUGGCUUGAUUCAACCCACCAAUUGCUUGAAAUGAAAUUACAUUUUAAUUUGUACCCACAUUGUUGUAUAAUUUAAAUGAU